UUUUUCUUGAUCUGGUUGGAUCUUUUUGUGACCUGGGCCUGAAUAAUCUCGCACUGGAUGUUGAAAGUUUGCAGCUUUUGAGGAUUUCGCGGACUUGGGCUCAAUUUGAUCUGUGUUUUUGUUGGAAAAGAUGGAUCUUUUCGAGUGAAAUCAACGACUGGAUCAAUUUGGCUUUCCUGUGCCUGUCAAGUGUUCGAGUUCUUUCGAUGAAAUUUUGGACCUUGGUUUGGGGUGUUCUACCUAUUUGGUAACUGCGGUGGGGGAAGUAUUUGGAGGUUCGGAGGUUGCGUUUGGAUAAUAGGUAGAAGCUUUGGAGGCUCGGGGGAGGACUCCAGCGGUUAUCUGGGUGGUGUUUUGAGAGAUGAGCUGCUUCCCCUGUUUUCAAUUUGGCAAUAAGAAGAAGCAGCAUGGCUCAAGGAAGGAGACAGCUUCAGCUGCAUCAGGUUCUGUUAACGGCAGAGGCUUGACAAAUAAGCCUGGAGUUCCCACACAGCAGGCCCUGAAUGAAGAAAACCAGAAAGAUAAUGGCAAUGGAAAUAUUGCAGCACGACAAUUUACAUUUCGUGAGCUUGCUACAGCUACCAAGAAUUUCAGACCUGAUAGUCUUUUGGGUGAAGGAGGGUUUGGUAGAGUUUAUAAGGGUUGCCUUGAUGGUGGCGAGAUUGUGGCUGUUAAACAAUUAGACAGGAAUGGCUUGCAAGGCAACAAAGAAUUUAGUGUCGAAGUUUUAAUGCUCAGUCUCCUCCAUCACCAAAAUCUGGUUAAACUUAUUGGAUAUUGCGCAGAUGGUGAUCAAAGACUUUUGGUUUAUGAGUAUAUGCCUUUGGGUUCUUUAGAAGACCAUCUAUUUGAUUUACCACCCAAUCAGAAACCAUUAAGCUGGUAUACUAGAAUGAAAAUAGCUUUUGGUGCUGCUCAAGGCCUAGAGUACUUGCAUGAUAAAGCCAACCCACCUGUAAUCUACCGCGAUCUCAAACCAUCUAAUAUUCUACUAGAUGAAGAUUUUAAUCCAAAGCUCUCGGACUUCGGGCUCGCAAAGCUCGGUCCCGUCGGGGACAAGGUACAUUUCUCCUCGAGGGUGAUGGGCACAUACGGCUACUGCGCACCUGAGUACGCAAGAACCGGCCAUCUCACUCAGAAGUCAGAUAUAUACAGUUUUGGAGUUGUUCUGCUUGAGCUAAUCACAGGGAGAAGAGUCAUUGACACAGCCAAACCAACACAUGAUCAGAACCUUGUCGCUUGGGCAAUGCCCAUGUUCAAAGAUCAGAGGAGGUUUCCAGAGCUGGUUGACCCACUUCUUCAAAACGAAUACCCACCAAAAACUCUGAACCAAGCAGUUGCAGUCGCCGCAAUGUGUCUUCAGGAAGAGGCUUCAGUUCGUCCGUUAAUGGCCGAUGUGGUCAUGGCCUUGAGCUUCCUUACGACCUCCCCGGUCGCUCCUGAGAUGAGCCCCCCUCCGGUUCUCCGGUCCCCAACAAUAGAAGAGGGGUCAGAAUAUGAGUCGUCAUCAGCGGAUGAGGAGAGUUCUGUCGAUCGCGAGCGUGCAGUUGCCGAGGCUAUGGAAUGGGGCUCUUCCAAUUCAAGGCAUCAUCAGGGAUCCAAACAUGGAAGCGAGUCGUCGUAAAAUGCAUGGACUCAAGCUUGUUCAUGAACUGCAUUCAUAACUCAGUGUCCUCCCAAAGCUUUCUUUUGCUUUCAGUGUGUGAUGAUUGUUAUGGUUGUGUUGAGAUUGGCAGCACAUCGAGUGAGAGAUUUCAGGUCAUGUAUUGGAAUAGCAGGGCUUAUAUUUUCGCAUUCCUGUUUCUAUGCUGUGCCACAGAAGGCAUGUCCUUUGUGAACCAUGAGAACAUAUGACAAAUAUGUGCAUUGUGAUCUGGAACCAGGAGCUGUAUUAUAUUGAUUCAAGCAUGCUAAUUCUCUAUUGG